AUGAUUUCGGGUGCAUCCCGUGGUAUCGGCAAGGAAAUUGCGCUUAAGUUAGCACAAGACGGCGCAAAUAUAGUGGUUGCAGCAAAAACCACCCAACCGCAUCCCAAAUUACCCGGUACCAUAUUCACGGCCGUAGAGGAUAUCGAAAAGGUGGGAGGUCGGGGUUUAGCGUGUGUAGUGGAUGUACGAGAUGAGGGUUCAGUCCAGAAGGCAGUCGAAGAUACACUGCAUAAAUUCGGUGGUAUCGAUAUACUGAUCAACAAUGCGAGUGCAAUUUCUCUAACGGGCACACUCGAGACAAGUAUGAAGCGUUACGAUUUGAUGCAC